GAGAUCUUGACAAAUAUAUCUCUCCUUUUUCUCUCUUUCCCUCGCUUGGCCGUGUUCGCUAUCGCUCCUUCUCGCGCGCAAUCAAUCACUUUAUUUCGUAGGCUGCUCGAUGAAAAAUCACCGAGGUCGCAAUAAAUCACAAAACCGAGUUAUGAAAGAUCCACACGCGCGCUCGGCCACCGACCGAGACGGGCGCGUGAUCGCGAUGGCUUUCGAAAGCGCGCACGAUCGUGAUCCGGAUCACUCGAUCUUUUUUUUUGUUUUUUUUUUUUGCGAAGUUGAAUUUUUCGGAUAGGGUGAUAAAACGGUGUACGCGCGCGUAACCGGGGUACGCGCAUCUUUGCAGUUCUUUUGAUGUCGAAUUGAUGAAAAUUCGUUGUCCUGUAUCCUGUCCCGGGCGCGUCAACGUUUGCGUGUCUUGAAUACGCGUUUGAUCGAGAUGCGGACAACUUUCACAACGCCGCCGUGCCGCAGAUUUACGCUUGAGCGGAUUUCGACUGUAUCCUCGUUCCCGUCGAAUUAUUCUCAAAUUGUUGCUGCCGGGGAGCGCGGACCCGACCCGAACUUGCCACGUUGAUUCCGCGUCGGAGGUUCGCCUUUAUGCUCGCGUUACGACCGGGUUGACAAUUCGCGCGGGUCCUAAUGACCGCGUGCCCCACGCGGUUUCGUUUGCAAAUGAAUUUAUCAUUCGCCGCGCGCUGUUUAGACAAGAGACGAGAUAGAGAGAGAGAGAGAGAGAGAGAGAGAGAGAGAGAUAAUGAGAGGUUGCGGGGAUAAGAACGGGCAAGACUCUGUUUUCCUCGACAUUUUACACUGUCGCCACCGUCGCCGCUGUUUACGCGUCUUCCGCGACGUGAAUCUCUCGUCGCGCUUUAGUCACGGCGCAUUACACCCUUUGCGCGUAGGGGAGGCGUGCGAAUGAGGAGCACUCGAUUAUUCAUUCCUAACGCGCGCGCGAGGGAGAGGUAGACGCGCGCGUGUCACGCGGCGCGGGCGCCGUCGCAUCUUAAGAAAGUCACGCGCGCGAGGAGUGUUUUUACAAGUGGGUCGCGGGCAAAAGCGUCCGCGAUAAUUGCUUAUCCAAACACGGUGACUAUUUAAACAAAGCCGUACCGCGCGUCCUUCCGCGAGUUUACACGACCCAGUUCUAUUGUCCCUCUCCCUUCUUCUUCUUCUGCCUCUCUUCUCCUCCUCUCAGCGUUUGAUCGUAGGAUUUCGAAUGACAGUUCAGCAGAAUCGAAGAUAAUCUUGAGCACGGAACGAACUCCGUUCACGAUCGCGGCGCACGAUAGAAUCGCUAUCACCUCCCCCUCCCCUUUUCCCGUAACCGCCACCCGUGGAAGAGUGGCGGAAUCGCUCGUCGCCGUAGUCGGCGAGGUGAUGGCUCUCCCACAGCGUGUCGGCGGACAAGCGGAGGUAGAAUCGGGGUAUCCAAUUAACGGCACUCUUCCUGGGCAAGUGUUUAAACUCGAGUAAAGGCUGAAAACCCGCUGAAAUACGAAAUUCUCGUGGCCCGAUUAACCCCGCUGCGCCGCGAAAUCAAUGAGUAACGGCGGGAAGAAAGGUGAGCAAACCGGGUGAGGGCGAGCUAUUGGAGUCCGAAUCGGAGGCAGGGGGAGGAGGGGAGGGUGAGAGGGGAACUAUAUAACCGCCCAUUAUCAACCUAAUUAAAGGUACCUACUUGCCCUCCGUGGUCGCUCACCCGACUACGGGCUAAAACUCUCAGCUCUACUAUACCGGGGGAGAGGGGGGGGGGAGGGGAAGGGCUGCCCGCCAACUCAUUCCCCGAUUCUCGUAGUGCGCGCGCGCAACCUCGACACGCCAAGUAUUUUACAGUCCGUUAUUUAACCCCAAUUAAUUAGUCUAUCCGCGUGCCGCCGCAACUUUUCCCCCUAGCCUACACUCACGCUCGGAGCAGUCGUUACGUUCGCGCCCGCGUGCCGUUCGUAUCAGGCUACUUCGUUACAGAUUAUCACUCCAACGUUCGCAAACGUUCUCGCACCUGGCUUAUUUUUGUUCCACUUGUCUGUAGAUUUCCGGCGCGAUCAUAUUUCACUGCGGCUAAUCGCCGAAUGUACUCGUCGACGGGGCGACGGGGAAUGUUGGCGGUAGUAGAGAGCAAGGCUGGAUUCCUUAAUUUUCUUUUAAUUGCUUGUUUAAUCAUCCUUAUCUUUUUGGAAAAAUGUCUUUGUACAAUUAUGAAAGUUUUUAUCUCUCUCAGAGAUACUCGUAAAAAAGAUCUCUCCUUCUCAGUUGGAUCUGCAAAAUAAUUUUAUUUACUCAAGAUUUUUUUAUUCGUUUUAUUUCUAUGACUUUUUUCUCGAAAAUAGGUUGUGAAUACUCUUCUCUCUAUAGAAUUUUUAGUUUUAGAACAGAAAACGUUUCUAGUGAAGGUAUUAAGGAUUGAUUUGCUUGUUGUAUUGCUGUGUUAUUAACACGCAUGUUGCAUCCGCUAUAUUGGUUUAUUUUUUAUUUUGCAAUUUUUAUUUUAAAUUGGUCUAUCAAUAAUCUUAAAAAAAUUCUUGUGUUUUAAGCAACUCGGUUUAUUUUUAUACAUUUUUAAUAGGAUAUAAAUUAGUUCUGACAUUUUAAAUUUUGAAAAUUUUGAAAAUUUGACUUUAUAUCCGUAAUCAUUUGGUAUGUAAAAAAACUUGUGUGUACCACAUUUCAGGUUACUAAAACUAUUUUUUGCAUUUCUAGAUUUGCCAUGUUAAAUCUGACAUUUUUUAUUUUGAAACUUUUUAAAUCUAUUUUUUUUAAUUAUCUCAUAAUUCGUAACAACUCUAAAAUCUGUACAUCAAGUUUAAAGAAAUUUAUAUAUAAGGAAAAAAUAUAUGCUUUAAAGGAUUAAUGGGAAAAACUUCGUAGAGAGUUACCCGAUGAAAAACUUAUCGAUAUCUACUUCUACGUACUUCAUACAAUUAAAAAAAAAAGACUCUCGAUAUAACGUUCGCAUGACUUUGAAAAACCUGUAAAACAGAUAUUAAAUAAUUGAGUAUAAUUAUUCUACAGGGCUUGAGCUUCAUUAGUUUGCAUAUAGAUUGUCCUUUGUAAACUAUACAUUAAUUCAUUUGCGGCGUGUGUUUGGAACUAUCGGGUCAUGUUGCACGGAUGGCCGUUAUGUUUACCGUAGAAUUAUUGUCGACUGGUUAAUAGAGCGUCGGCGACAUUAACGUAAAUCACGUGUUUGAUACGAGAAUCGUAUAUUGGCAAUUAACCGUCGACGAGAAUAGUUUCUUCUUCUGCGGCCAAUGAAUUAGUACAUUCCCUUUGAAAAUCAACGGGAAUCUGCCGAUGCCGAGUCUCACAUUUGCUUGCACCAUCCUUGUAUGUACACAAGCCCGUACGUCGCCUGUACGAUCGAUCACGUUCCGUUUUCUAUCUCUGACUACAGUACGGACGAACGGUUUCCGUUAACGAAGCAAGACAGAUUACAUGGUAACCGUAACAUUUUUCUCGUGUUAAAAGCACGGCGUAACGAAAAAACAAAGGGCUACCUCCGUAGCUAGAUCAGCUGUUUAAAAACCUGAUUGGCCAAAAGAUUUCGAUGCAUGUGCAUGCGUGUGCGCGCCCAUCUGCGCCUCGCUCACCAGUACACCCUCCGUCGUAUUCUUCGGUUCACUCACUUCUCCCUGGUACUCGAAUCGUUUCUCGCUUCUAACUCUCGUGCAACUCGCGCGCGCGCGCACGCGUGGACUUUACGACAUCCCGGGAAGUUGGUUCUCUUUUUCCUUCGCUGCCAAUGCCCCGUAUAUCUCCGGCAUCGUCCCCCUCUUCGCCUCGUGCCAUUUGAUUAUCGUCAUGAAACUCACUGGCUAUCUCCCGAAAUGUCCGCUCGCGUUUUCUUAUUUCUCUCUCUCCCUCUCUCUCUCUCUCUCUCUCUCUCUGUCUCUCUCUUCCCGUGAACGUAUGUGGCACUCGAAUCUGAACGGUGUCUCUCGCAAAUAAUCGCAGCCGGCGUUUCCUUCGAUCUCUCCCGACCGGCUUCACGAUAUCCUCGCCCCAUUUAAUCCUCCGCGAUAUCCCUCGCCGUACGUGCCAUAGCGCACAUACGUACAUACACCUACUACAUACGUUCUGUGUCCGUGUGUGUGUAUAAAACUGCUAUUCGAGAUUGCCGGCUCCGGUCGUCGUUUGGAAAUCGAGACGCGCGCGCCGUUGAAAGUGUCGCGGCCGUUAGCAGGAUUCCGGAAGUUUAUUCGCGGGCGCUCCGUGCGGCCGAUUUUUUUCGCGUUUUCUCGUUUCCCCUGCCCUUCCCCCUCUCAAAACAGUAAAGCUCACCGCGGAGCAGCCGCGAGCCGCGAGUGAAGUGUCGACAGUUACUUUUUACACACAGUGACAGUAGACCAUACUUUUUAUACAGAGGGUCGUCGGGAGGUUUAUAUCACCCGGUCAACAUAGACGAGCGGUCGUUAAAAAGGGUUAUUUCGUAUUUCCCUGCUGAAGAUGAGAGAUUGCCUUGCGAAGCGCUUCCUAUAAGGAUUACGCAUGUCAUUCGCGCGAGACGGCCUCUCGCCGUAUUGUCCUACUGCAAGUUUACCGGGUUUGCGUCAUGAAGCGCGUCACUCUAAAUUCUACGGCGGCAUCGUGUCUUGAUUUACCCAGGUUUGGCAAACCGUUGAACAACCUCACAGUCUCGGUGGGUCGCGAAGCUAUUUUCACCUGCAUCGUCGAGGAUCUCGGACCAUACAAGGUAGCGUGGCUACGGGUCGAUACGCAGACGAUUUUGACAAUAGCAACUCACGUUAUUACGAAGAAUCAUCGGAUCGCUGUGACACAUAGUGGCCAUCGUGCGUGGUCUCUACACAUAAAAGAAACGCGCAAGACCGACAGCGGUUGGUACAUGUGCCAGGUUAAUACUGACCCGAUGUCCAGCAUCACUGGAUUUCUCGAAGUCGUUGUGCCGCCGGAUAUCCUGGACUAUCCCACCAGCACGGACAUGGUGGUGCGGGAGGGUAGCAACGUGACGCUACGAUGCGCGGCGACAGGAACACCGGAGCCAACGGUCACGUGGCGUCGUGAAACGGGCGGCGCGAUCAACGUGGCAUCGAAUUGGCAUGCGGGUAGUAUCAUGGGCCCGGAGCUGGAAAUAACACGAAUCACGCGUCUCCAUAUGGGACCGUAUCUCUGUAUAGCGUCUAACGGGGUGCCACCAACAGUCAGCAAGCGGAUCCUCCUCACUGUUCACUUUCAGCCAAUGGUUUGGAUCGAGAAUCAGCUAGUAGGUGCUUACGAAGGACAAACUCUCAUGUUGGAAUGCCGUAGUGAAGCCCAUCCUAGUCCUAUCACUUACUGGACAAGGCCAUCAAACGAAACUAUUGCUAAUGACGAGAACUAUAAGGUCGAAACAAUUUCCAAAGGAUUAUACGAAAUGACGAUGAAGCUCGUCAUAAAAUCUGUAAGAGCGCAGGAUUUCGGGUCCUUUCGAUGCGUGGCGACGAACUCUCUCGGAGAGACCGAUGGGAAGAUAAAACUUUAUAGGAUCGAUAAGCCGCCAACGACGCGCAGACCAGGCACGAGGCGGGAGUCGAAGAAGACGUGGAAAAUCGAUCACAGCCAUGAGAAGAAGGCUGUUGGUAUGAAAGACGAGCCGAUGCUAAAGGGCGAUGAUGUUGGUGACGAGCAGAUCGAUUUUCAAUCGGCAACAGCCUCAUCGUCGUUUCAUCGUCAUUUAUUUACAAAUUUCGGGAUAACCGUCAUAACUGUGAUACUGGCCGGUGGUUUAUCCACGUAGGCCACCGUUGUACAUCUAGAAACUAUUACGCGAAGGAGAAUAACGCAGUGAAAACGUUCUCCAGAUACGAGACUCAGCAUCGUAACGUGGUGAACACGUCACAACGAAGGAAUGUCGAUAAGAAUGACGCCGCGUGAGAUCACUGCUUAGCGUAAAAGAUCUCUUCCUGUUGUACAUGAAAUUUGCGUAAAGCGAAGUGUAGAGCAAAGAGUUGUUUUUGCAUGAAGUCCUUGGAGUACCUGGCUGAUCACGCCAGAGUGACCAGGGUACUUCGUGAGAAGCGUAAUUAACACAUUGCAAGCCGAACGUAUACUAAUAGACUUUCCACCCUAAAGACGUAGAAAGCCACCAAUUUAUUAACCCCUUUGCGCUAAAGGUAGCCAGAGUAGCUGGCUUUUAUCGUUUCCAUUCCAAGCGGUAAUUCUGUUGACCUCGCCAUCACUUGAAAGUGAAGAAGAAAGUCUGUAGAUUCAGUAAACAGAGGCACAUAUUAUUUCCAAUUACAUUUUCUAAUUAGUUAGUAAAGUAAAUAUUGAUAACAAUAUAAAAAUUUUAUUUUAGCUCACGCAAAAAGUUAUGCUUCAUAUAAAUAUACACUUUUUAUUUUUAUAUUU